GUGUUCCCUCCUAUUCUCUGAAUACUCCGUAUUUGACAGGACUCACAUCACCCCCCUCUAAACUUCUCUCUUUACUUUACGUCCCCCUUUGUAAAACCCUAAAUUUCCCCCUUAAUUUCUCUCUCUAAAAUAAUUCACCUCAAAUUCGAAUCCGAUUUCACUCAUGGACUCGGACUCGAACCAACCCGAUCCCACUGAGUCAACCUGGUCGCUCUCCCCUCCUUCUCCUUCUCCUCCUCCCCGGCCCAACUCGGGUUCCGACCACGUUUUCUUCUUCAAUAGCGACUCACACAAUAACCAUAUGCUCUCCGAUCAGUUCACCUGGACCUACAACUCGUCCGAUUUACGCCACGCUGUUGAAUCUUCCUCCCAUGCUGACGUGGACGAUUAUCAACCCUCCGAUACUCCGAUCACAACAGCAGCAGCAGCGAGCAGUAGCGGGUGUCAAGUAUCACCAAGUGUUGAUCAAACAUCUGACGUCAUGCCACCGAAUCCUUUGGCUUCAUCGAGCUCGUCCGAAGAUCUCGCGGACAAAAAUGUCGGCAGAGCGGUGGUUACUGCGGCAGUGGCCGACACUUCGAAGAAGGUUAAGAAGAAGGGGCAAAAGAGGACAAGACAACCACGAUUUGCAUUCAUGACCAAGAGUGAAGUUGAUCAUCUUGAAGAUGGAUAUAGAUGGAGGAAGUACGGUCAGAAGGCUGUUAAAAACAGUCCUUUUCCCAGGAGUUAUUAUCGGUGCACGAACAGCAAAUGCACGGUUAAAAAAAGGGUGGAACGGUCUUCAGAAGACCCUAGCAUAGUGAUCACUACAUAUGAAGGGCAACAUUGUCAUCAUACAAUUGGAUUUCCAAGAAGCAGUGGAUUUCUAAACCAUGAAGGUGGUGGCUUUCUAGGGCAGUUUGGUCCUCCUAAUUUGUCGUCACAAUCAUCGUUUCUCUAUCCAGGAAUGCAAUUAUAUACACAGGAAAACUCAGUUACCAGCAGAAGCGUGGCACAAGGUUCAGUUAGUAAUACUAAUGUUGUGCAGGCUCAGGCCCAGACUCAGGCUUAUGAUGAACGGCGAACUCCUAGCAACGCUAGAGAAUCGCCGUCAUCAUCAGUGUCUCAUCAUUCAACUCAACAAACGCCGUCGCUAAGUAGUAGUGGUGAGGGUUUGCUCGGGGAUAUUGUGCCUCCUGGAAUGCGAAAUCCUUGAGUUACGUUGCAGACUAACAACAACACUACAACUAACAAUGGUAUGUAUGUAUGUAUGUAUGUAUAUUGCACUAUUGAAUUUGCAAAUUAUACGAGUAAUUAUAACGAUAAAAAAAUGCAAUGGAUCUCAAUAUCUCAUGCCAUAUUACUCAAGUAAACAUUUAGCUAUCCUUGUGAUUGAGCCACAAGGGCAAUUCAAUUACAAAUGAAA